AAAUGCUGCAGAGGAUCUUUUCCCAUUGCUACCAUCUCUACACGCGCCUGUUUUUCGUCUGUUGGUGACCCACGCAAUCGAUCACUUCACGAGCUUGCAUUUAUUAUGCUACAAACCCUUCUCAUCAAAUUCCAAUUCGAUUAGUCACCUUGAUUUGUCAGCUUUAUCGAUUCCUUCACAACAUUUUCCGAAUUACAAUUCGAGAAGAUGUGAGUUGCAAUAGAAUCAAUAAUUUCUCUGGGUUUUAGAGAGAUAGAGAAGAUGUGGAAUCCGAGAAGGCCUCACUUUCUUCUGGGUUUUGACCCAUCCUUUUGCUCUGAAAGACUGAACAUACCAUGUAAUUUUGUAAAAUAUAUGGAAGGAACAGCUCCCGGGACAGCAGUUUUGGUAGGUCCUAGUGGGAACAGUUGGUUUGCUGAUCUGAUUCUGGUUGAAAACGGUUUGUUCCUCAAUGAUGGUUGGGCUGAUUUUGCGAAAGAUCACUUUCUUGAACAUGGUGAUUCAAUAGUUUUUAGGUAUGAUGGAGAUUCAAAUUUUACAUUGCAAAUUUUUGACCAGAGCAUGUGUGAGAAGCAAGCUGCAUUUAGUGCUAAAAGCAGCCAAGAUGUGAGUAGAUAUGAUAGUAUUGUGGUAAGAAAAAGACAAAGGGAAAGAUCAGCUCACCUAGAUGGCAUUAUUGAAGGAGUUCCCAAUAAGAUGAGAUGCUCCCAACCGCGAUCUGAUAGCAUGUGUGAUGCUCAUGAGAACCAUACAAAUUUGGUCAACACAGAAGAUUGGAUGCAGCAAGCUGAUGGAAACAGUAGCAUGAGGAAUCUUAUUACUGUUGCACUACCUCUUGCGGCUGUUCCACGUGACUACACAGAUCACAGAACCACAAAUCUAGAUGUACUGCUUUCUGCUUCAGAAGCAGAGAAAAUGGCCCAAUCAUUCAAGUCGUCUUUCCCCAGCUUUCUGAAAGUCAUGAAGCGAUUCAAUAUAAGUGGUUCUUACACUCUAAAUGUCCCCUAUCAGUUUGCAACUGAGCACCUUCCAAAAUGCAAAGUAAAAAUUGUGCUUCGUAAUUUAAGAGGAGAGAGUUGGACGGUGAAUUCAAUUCCCACAACAAAAGUUCAAACAUCGCAUACUUUUUGUGGAGGAUGGCUGAGUUUUGUACGGGACAACAAUGUUGAUGUAGGAGACAUUUGUAUCUUUGAGCUUCUCCUCAAGUUUGAGAUGCAGGUGAGAAUUCUUAGAGUAAGAAAGGAAGGGAUAGAUGGUCAUUAUGGUGAGGCAGAUCACAGAGGGAGAAGCAAUGGUUGCUCAAAAACAUCAAAUAAAAUGUCACGACGCAAACCACAGAAAAAAAGUGAAACUUCUCAUAGUAUAAAAGGAUCUACUGCAUGCUCUCUAUCAAAUAAUUGCGUCACAGAAUCAGAUAUCCUUAAAACGUUUGGCUCCCUUGACAAACAAGGUUCUCUUAAAGGUUGUAUGUCAAUGAAGUCUGCUCCUGAAGAAAAAAUGGCUGCUCAAUAUUUCGUUUCCAGUUAUCCCCAUUUUGUUCGAGUUAUGAAAAAGUUCAACAUCAGUGGUUCAUUCACACUGAAAAUUCCGUAUCAGUUUUCUAUGGAGCACCUGCCACACAGCAAAACAGAGAUUGUUCUUCGUAAUUUAAGUGGAAAAUGCUGGACUGUAAAUUCUAUCCCCACUUUAAAAGUCCAGACUUUGCAUACUUUCUGUGGAGGGUGGAUGGCUUUUGUUCGUGAUAAUGAUAUCCAAAUGGGAGAUAUUUGCAUCUUUGAGCUUGUUGGGAAAUGUGAAAUGCGUGUUCACAUAUGUGGAAUUGGGAAGAAAGGAUUGGAUUACCAGCAUGGCACAAAGAAUCUUCCCAUGCCUUGAGAUUUGGACGCCAGUUAAUAUGUACAGUAACUACCAAGUUUUUGCGGAGUGCACAUGAGGAUUGUGAAAGUAGAUCUUCUUCUUCAGCUGCACCAUAUUUGUACUGGAACUGUUAGGGAAUAACUGGUUAAUGCAAAUGAGAAGACAUUUAUUGACUGUAUGUCUUCUUUAACAGUGUAAACUUAUGCUGGAUGUUGUUGGUGGUCUGUAACUGAAGUUUAAUUGCCUUGAAACACCAUUAGGGUCUGUUGUAUUACAUUUUUCUUGAAUGAAAACAAGACAGAGACUGGUGGGAAGUAUGUAGAGCUUAGUAUCUUGUUCAUA